AGUGACCCAACCCCCGGGCAACACUAACUCUAAUACCAGUCCCCUCUGAUGCCUUCCUUCAGGGAUAUAAAGCAUCCUGCAGAACCUAAUUUGAAAGCCUUGCUCUGCAGUCUGCACAGACUGUCUGCACUGCUACUCUAUUUCCUGUUCUGUCGCUGUUCUGAGGUUUCACUAUUAACAUCAACAUUGAAGGGGAAAUUCCCUGCCCCCAGAGUGCUCCCCAUGAAUUUUUUCAGCUGAAACUCACAGACCCAAAUGCCACGCAACAGCAGAGAGGCAAACGAAAGGAGGAGACCCAGCACGAGCACUAGAGAAAUGGAAGAAGCGUUUUGCCAGCUUUACCAAGAAUUCACGCAGCUGCAGGAUUUAUGUGCAAAGCAGGCUCAGCUGCUACAGAAGUUAAUUGUGAAGAAGGAACCAAUGACUGACAUGCCAAUUUCGAUGCCAAUCCAGUGCACAGACGACGGGGGAUUAGUGCAAUCAGAGCGACUCAUCUUCAAACAGCAAUUACCAAAGGUUCCCAGCUCUAUCCUUUCCAACCCAACAGUUCCUACAUGGCCCAACUCCGCAGUUCUUCGGGACCAGCCACGAGAUGCACACAUGGUUUCUAGUUUUGAUAUUAAGUACCCCCCGAAUGCAGCAAACGCCAGCUUGUUAAGCAGUGCCAAGGGGAAGGCAAAUUUCGCAAUAGCACUUUCCAGCCAGAACCACCACAAACCACACAUGGGCAAGAAGGCGGCUUGUGACACGCUGUUGAAAAAUUAUAUGACGUUUCCUGCCUUGAAAGUGGACAAAGAGAAAUCCACACCCCCUCCCAUACUUCCAGAGCUUGCUGCCCUAAAUCCGGAGGAUGUAGGCUCCUUUCCCAGUUUCUUGGAUCUUUAUGAAGCACCACAAGAUUUACAGACAGAAAGUACUUCCCUUCAAGCAGCAGAAAUUAACGUUCCUAUAGAAAUACGAGGACCCACACAGCCUCCUCCAAAGGACUUCAUCCAAACCCUUUUGAAAAAUAGAUGAUUUGGGCCGUCUAGGAGUUCCUGGACUCCAGGAUGGGUGGUAGAAGACAGUCCACUUGGUUACAGCGGGGAUUUUGAACUCCAAGGGUACUCUGCAUACACAGACCUGUGACUUUUGUCAAGUCAUUUCCCCAGCGCGGGAAGCAGCGCAAGGCGACUAUUAAAAGCAACUCAUAGCUCAUACUGAAUAGCGUUGGUAUCAUCAUGUACUUGUAACCCAGCUUACAGAGGAUGGCUUUCCACCCCCCUUUAGUGGCUGGACAACAUGAGGGUUUAUGAGCCUCCUGUAGAGCUGUUGGAAUACGUGAAUUCUUGACGCAGUGGCUGAACUGAAGCAUUGUGAAAAAAAAAAUUUUGGUUUGGGUUGACCUGAAAUGAAAAUGGUUCAAUUUUUCCAGCAAAGCUCAAAAAGUAAAAAAAGAAUUUGGUUUGAAUUGAACAAAACAUUUUAUUUCAUUUCUGAGUUUUUAUCUUUUUCAAAUAGCAAUUUGAGAAAAGGACGUGAAAUUCUCAGAUGAAAAGUUUCAUUUUGGAAAUGACAAAAAAAAAAAAAAGAACCAUUUCAACAUUUCUGAUUUUUUUGAUAUUUGACCCAAUUUGAUAUUCACUAAUAUUGACCCAAAUUUGUGAAUUGUUUCGAUCAGCCCAAAUCUGCAUUUUUUGGGGCGGCAGCGAAAAUGAAUCACGCGAAAAAUAGAUUGUCGAGCUCUGUCGGCUUUGAGCUGGAUCUUUUAGCUCAGGCAGUUGUGGCUCAGAUGUUUGUGCUGACAAAGAGAAAAUAAUAUCUGCUUCUCCUCCCAGAAAUGUAACCUCUCCAAUAAAGGAAUGUCCAAGCUUGUUAA